AUGAUUUACUCCUCAGGAAGAGAAUCCUUCUUCAACCUGAACUCCACCUGGUACGACCCCUCGGGCUCCUGGCUGGACACGCGGCGCACGCCCUUCCGCUAUGGCUACGCCACCUGCUGCUCCUCGGGCUGCCACGGCGAGGGCGUGGAGGGCAUGAGGGGCCACGACUACCGCCACUACGGCUACCGGCAGCCCCGCUGCGCCGAGCGCUGCCACGGCUACUCCAGCUCCUCGGGCUCGUGCCACGGCGGGGGGGCCAGCUGCGUCAGGAGACCCACGUACAGCUACGGGGGUUCAGGGGGGUGCCAGGGCUACGGGAGGUCUGUGUGCUCCGAGAGGUGCCAGGGCUCCUCGGGCUCGUGCCACAGAGGGGGUGUCAGCUGUGUCAGGAGGCCCACGUACAGCUAUGGGGGUUCAGGGGGGUGCCAGGGCUACGGGAGGUCCGUGUGCUCCGAGAGGUGCCACGGGUCAGUGGCCCAGGUCCAGACCUGUCCCCCUCCAGUCCAGGUCUGUCCCUGUCCCCCUCCGGUCCAGCAGGGCUGCGUGCCCGUGACCAAGGGCAUCCCCCGCCAGCAGCAGAAGCAGGUCUGCAAAGUGCCAGCCCGGAAGAUCAAAUAA